CCCAAUUGAAGCUGUCUAAACAUCCAACAAUGUAGGCAUUUGUCUAGUUGUCAGGGUUUCAGUAGCCAGUACGGACGUAAAAUAAAUACCAACAUGGUAAGAAUAAAACUGAGAAAUAUUUCCAUAAUGAUUGCGUUUGGCACUAUUUUGACAUUUGUGGUUUACCUGUUCUGCAGUUUAGUUUGUUUUAGGGAAACCAAUUCAAUCGUUAAUUUUUCUUGGCUUCACUCGUUUCCCUCCCCCUUGUUUGAAUCUCCAAUAGUCGGCAAAAUGACAACGAACGAUCAAACGGACAAGAAUGUCAUAACCAUCGAUCGGGAUCUGUUUAAUUACCUGAGUUAUCAUUUAAGAGACGCAACGUAUGGCGGUGUCGAAAAUUACACUCGAUUCAUGACGGCCCAUUUGGGUCUUAAGGAGCUGACUGACGUUGAACCACUCGUGACCGGCAUGGGACCAGUUAUCAACGACGUGACUUCCUUCCAGUAUCCCAUCAGCAUCGCUCCAUGUCGUGUAAAAGUCAACAACAACAGAAACGAGCGCACCUUGUUUGUGGCCGUCAUCUCGGCCCCAAACAAUUUUGAAAAGCGCGCCACAAUUCGUUCGACAUGGCCCAGUCAUUUGAAAAAUCAAUCCAACAUCAACAGACAAUUGAACCUUGUGGGAUUCGGUUUCAUCGUCGGACUGACAAAGAACAAAACUGUCCAGCAGAAACUGACCGAGGAAAGUGCGAGACACAACGACAUUUUACAGGUGAACGUGUACGACAAGUACAGGAACUUGUCAGUUAAAGCGGCUGGUCUGUUGAAUUGGUUGAAUUCUCGUUGCUCGCAAGUUGACUUUGUUUUGAAAGUGGAUGACGACGUCUACGUGAACGUCCAUAACUUAGCGACGGUUCUUCAUUCGUUUUUACCAUCUGAGCCUAGUGUUUACGGCCGCAAGAUUGCUGGAGGAUCUCCGCUUAGAAAUCACAGCAAAUGGCCGUCAAGUUUUGAAGAGUGGCCAUGGUCCCGGGUUCCAAAUUAUUUACAAGGCGCUGGAAUCGUCAUUGCCGGAAGUGCCGUCCGUUCACUACUAGCAGCCGUGCAAUCAACUCCUUAUUUCAUAUGGGACGACAUUUACCUCAUCGGACUAUGUGCGGUUAAAGCCCAGCUUAAACUUCUCACGUCCAAUAAAAUUUUCGUCGAUCGACCAGAAAAUCCACCCGCCCCUUGCUUUGUGCGCAGUUCUGUAAUGUGGACAUCGCCAUCAGCAGAUCACAUGAACUCAUCUCACAUGGUUACCCAACAUUUUUACCAAAGUGCAGCCAAUCAACGGUAUUGCGUUUUUAAAACUUAUCUCUUUGGACCGAACGAAACUUUAGGCGCCCUUGUCGAUAGUCAAAUAAGCGAGUCAGCUCUCGCCUCAGAAUUCAAUUUCCGACCUAUUUGAUUUCGAAAGUGGAAAAUCGGAAUUAAUUUGCUGAUGCAAAUUUUGAUUUAGUGCCCGAUUUUUAUGGUUUCGUGACUACGCUUGAACAAUAUACAUACAUAUUGAAAUUCAUUGGAUGUUGUGUCGUGUCAACCCUAUACCCAUAUUUGUAUGCAACGUUAUGCACACAUAAGAUAUCGGAAUAUUUUGAAUUUCCUAUUAUGCAAACUCGAAAAUGCUUUUCCUUUUUCUGCAAUAAUCCAUUACACUGAAUUUCAGUUCAAAUGAAAAAAAAAAAAACUCUAAUAUGCUAAGUUUUCGUUAUGGUAAUGACACGACAUGUAUGUAUAACCUUCGUUACGUUCCAGGAAUAAGAGAAAAGACAGUUACAAUACCUUACCUUUGAAAUAGUA